UGCUUAUAGAAUUACCUCAUUUCAUCCCUGUAACAAUAGUUGGAGUGGGGUUGUCUCAAGCAUCCAAGGAAUUUGAAAGCAUAGAGAUUAAGUAAUAUACCUAGGGUCACACAGCUAAUAAGCAGCUAAUAAGCAACAGAGCUAGAAUCCAAGAAAUAGAGGACUUCUGACUGUAAAGCCUGUAUUUUUCACCACCAGCCUUCCUGUGAAAAGAAUGAAGAAUCUUUUCCAUUAUCUCCUAAAAUAUAUCAGAAUAGGUAUAAAAUCAAUUUUAUAUAAGCAGAAUAAUUUGCUAUUAUGUAUCCAGUCAGGUAUUAUUCCCCUUUUAUAAGUUAAGGUGGCUUACUCAAGGUCACAGAGCUAGUAGAAGAACCCAGGCCUUCUGACUGUACUGUUUUCCAUUGCUGCCUCCAAGUGAUGACUUUGGAUCACAAAACCUCAAGGAGUGGAACGCACGUAAACCUGGUGAAAUCUAAAUGUUUGUUUACUACUGAUGGGUGUGAGCAAGUUAGAUGUCCUAUACCGGAGACUUCUCCUCACAAAACUUUUUAUCAGAGGAUGGGGAAGGCCAGAGGAUCUUAAAAGACUCUUUGAAUUCAGAAAGAUAAUUGGAAAUCGAGAAAAAUGUCAGAAUCUGGUUUCAAGUGAUUAUCCAGUGUACAUCGAUAAGAUCGAAGAGCAGUCCGACUGUAAGAUCCUGGAUGGGCACUUUGUCUCCCCUAUGGCCCACUAUGUGCCUAAUAUCAUGCCAAGUGAAUCUGUGAUUGCAAGGUUCCAAUUUAUUGUGCCUAAAGAAUGGAACAGCAAGUACAGACCCGUGUGCAUUCAUCUGGCUGGAACAGGGGAUCAUUAUUACUGGAGGCGACGGACCCUGAUGGCUCGCCCUAUGAUUAAAGAGGCCCGAAUGGCCUCUUUGUUGUUAGAAAACCCUUAUUAUGGCUGCAGGAAACCCAAGGACCAAAUAAGGUCCAGCUUAAAAAACGUGUCUGACCUAUUUGUGAUGGGAGGAGCUCUUGUGUUAGAAUCGGCAGCUCUCCUGCACUGGCUGGAGAGAGAGGGCUAUGGCCCUCUGGGAAUGACCGGAAUAUCCAUGGGAGGACAUAUGGCUUCCUUAGCGGUAUCCAGCUGGCCUAAGCCCAUGCCAUUGAUUCCGUGUCUGUCUUGGUCCACAGCAUCUGGUGUCUUCACUACGGGUGUGCUGAGCAAAUCGAUUAACUGGAGGGAGCUGGAAAAGCAGUAUUAUACACAGACAGUGUAUGAGGAAGAAAUCAUUCACAUGCUUGAAUAUUGUGGAACCGAUUCUUUCAAAAUGGGACAAGAGUUCAUGAAACGUUUCCCCAGCACUGCAGACAAGCUCACUAAUCUCAACCUGGUUUCUAGAACUUUGAAUUUAGACGUGACAGACAGAGUUGUGUCCUCAAAACCUGCCGAGUGCCAUAAAUCUAGUCAAGCAUCUUUCAGUGCCACAUCAGAGGGACUCUUGCUGCAGGACACCUCUAAGAUGGAGUGCUUCAAUCAAACACUUUCAACCAGCAAAAGUUGUUUUACAAGUUGUAGUCCUCAGUCACACCACCUACUCAGUAAAGAACAAAGACGAAAGAAUCUUCAGAAAGAGUCUUUACUCUUUAUGAAGGGAGUCAUGGAUGAAUGCACUCAUGUAGCAAAUUUCUCAGUUCCAGUUGACCCAAGCCUCAUUAUAGUGGUUCAAGCCAAAGAAGAUGCCUAUAUACCACGAACAGGAGUUCGGAGUCUACAAGAAAUCUGGCCUGGCUGUGAAAUCCGGUAUCUGGAAGGGGGUCAUAUUAGUGCUUAUCUUUUUAAACAAGGACUCUUCAGACAGGCCAUCUAUGAUGCAUUUGAACGCUUUCUCCGUAAAUAUGCUAACUGAAUGGAUUGCUGUUUGUAAGCUGUGUGGCCAUCACGUUCCUUACAAAAGGCGCUUCCUCCUUUGAUGAUGUGAAGAACCAGCAGGCAGCGCUGUGUAUCUAAUUGCUGUCACUUUGGUCUGGCAUUCAGUGGUCCAGGUCAGUCGACUAUAAUCUUUAAAUGCAUUUGAAUGGCUUUAAACCAAUAUUUGGAUAAAAUGAAGAAGUAUUUUGUUAUUGUUUGUGGGAAUCCCGUAUGCUCAGUAUAUAUAUAGUCUAUUGCUACUUAUGAAAACUUUUAAUUAUGAAUAAUUUAUUAAUUUAAAAUAAAUUUAUUCAUAGAAACUGUAUUGGUUUUUAUAGAAUUGCUAGAUAAAAAGUUUUUAAUACAUCAGGUUUUAUUGUAUACUCUUACAUAUUUUUACUGCUGAUUUUGCUUUGAGAAAUAUGUUUAUUUCUUUUAUGUAUCCAUAGUGAAUUUAUAAUCCUAUUUUCACCUUUAAUUUUCUGCUGUGGAAAUACUUAUAUGUGAAAUCGCUGUUAACUUUUAAUUCUAAAAAAAUACUGAAUGUUUUGUAUGUAAGUACUUCCAAUAAUUAAAAUGCAGGUGGGGAUGCAGACAUGACGCAUAAGACUUUAAAACUGCCAAAUACUAGGUUAG